GGAACAAUGAGUUGGUGUUUAUCAACUUCUAUGCAGACUGGUGCCGCUUCAGCAACAUAUUAGCUCCAACUUGGGAUGAGACGGCAGACAAAGUAAAGGAAGCAUUCCCAGAUGAAGGCAGGGUGGUCAUUGGGAAGGUGGACUGUGAUGCCCAGUCAAGCAUUGCUUCAAGAUUCCACAUCACUAAGUAUCCAACCCUGAAGCUUCUCAGAAAUGGUCAGGCAUCAAAGAGGGAAUACCGAGGGCAACGCUCUGCUGAGGCUUUUGCAUCGUUCAUUAAGGAGCAGCUGAAGGACCCUAUUAAAGAGAUUCAGAGUUUGAAUGAAUUAAAUGAUAUUGAGGAGACAAAAAGGACUGUGAUUGGUUACUUUGAAAACAAAGAUGUCCCUGAGUAUGAAGUGUUCCGCAAAGUGGCAACUAACCUGAAGGAGGACUGCCAGUUCCUGGCAGGUUUUGG